CCACAGAACGGUCACUCUGAAGCGCGGGAAAGCCAUCAGCUGUCACCACAAAUUGUGCGAAAACCAAGAAGUCGAGAGCAAAUUGUACACAAAAAGACAAAAAGUUUCCAAAAGUAAUAAAAACUUACCGCAGAUCGUUAUCUAAGCAAUCUGCACUUUAAGUCACACCAUAUUGAGUUAAUAGAGUGUUUUGCUAAAGAAUUUCACGAGCACACGCAAUUGCCGCAAAGAACAAAAGAAGAACCUGCUGGAAAAAACGCGCCGCCAAAGGCGUCUUGCUGCAAGUCUCCCACAUAUUUGCUAAGAUCCCGAAGGUACAGUCACUGCCAUGGCGAAAGUCCACAUAACUAAUGUGGUGGUGCUGGACAACCCGAGCAGUUUCUUCAAUCCCUUCCAAUUCGAACUAACCUUCGAGUGCAUCGAGGAGCUGAAAGAGGAUCUGGAAUGGAAGAUGAUAUAUGUGGGAUCGGCAGAAUCAGAGGAGCAUGACCAGGUGCUCGACACUAUCUACGUUGGUCCUGUUCCCGAGGGCCGUCACAUAUUCGUUUUUCAAGCCGAUCCGCCGGAUGUCAGCAAGAUCCCCGAGCCCGAUGCAGUGGGCGUCACCAUUGUGCUGCUCACCUGCUCCUACCGGGGCCAGGAGUUUGUUCGCGUCGGAUACUACGUAAAUAACGACUACGCUGAUCCCGAGAUGCGGGAGAACCCACCGCCGAAGCCGCUCUUCGAGAAGCUAACACGCAACAUUCUGGCUAGCAAACCGCGUGUCACCCGCUUUAAGAUCAACUGGGACUAUGGGCACAUAAAUGGGAAUGGGAACGGCAUCGAAAACGGCCACGACGACUCAAUGAUGACCGAUGGCCCGUCCACUUCGGAGGGAGCGGCGGUGGCUGCGGCACAGCAGGACGACGACAACAGCCUCGCUAUGCCCAUGGAGAACGGAAUCAAGGCGCUAAACGAGAACUCCAACUCGCUGGCCAUGGAAUGUUGAAGAUCUUGCUGGUACUCUGGCUGCUGGAUGACCACGUGAACGCAAAAACACAACCUUUUUCCCGCGAAUACACGCUACAAUGGGCGCAGACCUGAGGAAUUUCCGCCCGUCAAUUAAUGUAACCGACUCUCCUAAUUCUCUCUCCCCCUAAUUAAGUAAAUAUAAUUUAAA